GAUGAGUCACACAUCAGAGAAACCUUUCAGCUGCUCAGAGUGUGGUAAAUGUUUCACUGCAAGUGGAAGUCUAAAGACUCACAUGAGAUGUCACACAGGGGAGAAACCUUUCAGCUGCUCGGAGUGUGGUAAAUAUUUCACUCAAAAAUCAAAUAUGAAGAAACACAUGCAAUAUCACACAGGGGAGAAACCUUUCAGCUGUUCACAGUGUGGUAAAUGUUUCACUCUAAGUGGACAUCUGAAGACACACAUGAGAUGUCACACAGGGGAGAAACCUUUCAGCUGCUCGGAGUGUGGUAACUCUUUCGCUCAAAACGAACAUCUGAAGCUACAUAUGAGGUGUCACACAGGGGAGAAACCUUUCAGCUGCUCACAGUGUGGUAAAUGUUUCACUGCAAGUGGAAGUCUAAAGACUCACAUGAGAUGUCACACAGGGGAGAAACCUUUCAGCUGCUCGGAGUGUGGUAAAUAUUUCACUGCAAGCGGAAAUCUGAAGACUCACAUGAGAUGUCACACAGGGGAGAAACCUUUCAGCUGUUCGGAGUGUGGUAACUGUUUCGCUCAAAACGAACACCUGAAGCUACAUAUGAGGUGUCACACAGGGGAGAAACCUUUCAGCUGCUCACAGUGUGGUAAAUGUUUCACUGCAAGUGGAAGUCUAAAGACUCACAUGAGAUGUCACACAGGGGAGAAACCUUUCAGCUGCUCGGAGUGUGGUAAAUAUUUCACUGCAAGCGGAAAUCUGAAGACUCACAUGAGAUGUCACACAGGGGAGAAACCUUUCAGCUGCACAGAGUGUGGUAACUGUUUCACUGCAAGGGGAAAUCUAAAGACUCACAUGAGAUGUCACACAGGGGAGAAACCUUUCAGCUGCUCGGAGUGUGGUAACUGUUUCGCUCAAAAAGGAAAUCUGAAGAAACACAUGAGAUGUCACACAGGGGAGAAACCUUUCAGCUGCUCACAGUGUGGUAAACGUUUCACUGCAAGCGGAAGUCUAAAGAAUCACAUGAGAUGUCACACAGGGGAGAAACCUUUCAGCUGCUCACAGUGUGGUAACUGUUUCGCUCAAAACGAACACCUGAAGAUACAUAUGAGGUGUCACACAGGGGAGAAACCUUUCAGCUGCUCACAGUGUGGUAAAUGUUUCACUGCAAGCGGAAGUCUAAAGACUCACAUGAGAUGUCACACAGGGGAGAAACCUUUCAGCUGUGCAGAGUGUGGUAAAUCUUUCAGACAUGGUGGAACACUGAGGAAGCAUCAAUGUCGAACUGUAAAAGUCCACAUGCAAACUCACACAGAUGAGAAUCCUCUUUAGCCCCUUUACCCAAUCAGCACCCUCUCUUGGUUACAUCAUUGUUGCCCAUGUGAGUUUUGACAUGGAAACUCAUCCACGGAGGCUCUCGCCUCCCUGGCUGAUGGAGCUCAACCUCCUGCAAAGGUUCAGGUUUCUCCUCCCCGAGAAGUGGUAUUGCUUUUCACUAGAGCCAGUCUGUGAAGCCUGAGGUUGUCACACAAGCUGCAUAUCUCUUUGAGUGGUGCGCCCAUAGACCGGCUGCUCCAAAUACAUCUUACACUUUUUUUCUAGUCAAACCAAAUACCUCAUGUCUAGUAGGGCUACAACAACGGAGCGAUGAAACUAAUUUCAUUAUCGAUUUGUUGAUUAUUUCGUCCCUCAAUGAGUUAAUGUUAAAGUACGGACUUGUAGAAAAAUACCAGAAGGCCUUUAAUGUUUUUAUGCCUUAAGAUCUUUUUUUUGAAUAUUGUUUAAACGUUUUUUUUAGGGAAUUUGUUGUUAGGAUUUAGGUUGGAUGUUCUUAUCACAAUGAAGGUAGAAAUGCUGCAUGAUAUAACAAUAAAGCAACUGAUCACAAACCA